UCUUCUUCUUCUUCUUCUUCUUCUUCUAUUCUUGUCUUUUACCGUCUCUCUGCUUCCUGCUAGGCCAUCAGUUUUCGUUUCUCCCAUGCAUUGUAUUAGUCAUGGCAUGGACCCUGAUGGAUGCUAGCUGAAAUCUUCUCUAUGAUCUCUUCAUAGAUAUUUUGCCACCCUUCUCUAGGUGCUUUGCCACGUUCAUGGCCGAUUUGACAGGAAGGAGCAUGGAACCACCAGCUGCUGCAUGGCCACCCUGCGGCUUUCCGGCCAACUGGUCCUUGGAACCUGUGUGGGCUCCUGGCUUCCCCGUCGAGUCUGCAGUGUGGUUCCAGACACAUGCUUCUAGCAGCUCUAGCGAAGAGCAGCUGCAACAGCUUCAGUAUGGGGCAGCGACAACACCAAAUUUAGCUAUCCAGGAAGAAGAAGAAGAAGCACAAUACAAGAUGGAAAUGGAGAUCCACGACCCGAUCCAAGUAUUCGCGGAAGCAGCACACGAGUUCAAGGUCGACAUCAACAUGAGGGACAUGAAGAUCCACAAGUACCCUGCAAGCAUUCAACGUCUCGGCGGCUACUACACAACCCCGACGACGGUGGCCAUCGGGCCUUACCACCACGGGAAGGACCGCCUCAAGCCGGCGGAGAAGGUGAAGCACGUGGCCGCCUACCACUGCAUCAUGGAAUCGGGCCGCUCCGUCCAAGAGAUGUACGCCGCGGUGGCCUCGGUCGCCGGCGAGAUCCGAGGGCUCUACGACAAGGACAUGGUGGCAGGUAUCGGCGACGAUGACUUCCUGCCCAUGAUGUUCUAUGAUGCGUGCUUCCUCGUGCAAUACAUGCUCACAUGCACCAGUGGUGGCUCCGAGAUGGAUCCGUCACUGCGCAGCUACUUCGACGGAAACGAUAGCGACAUCUUCCACGACAUCCUGCUGCUCGAGAACCAACUCCCAUGGCGAGUGGUCAAGACCGUCAUGGGGUUCAGGCCGGUUCCCUUGGAGGAGUUCAUCACUUACUUGAAAGAUGGCCUGCAAGACCGCAAAUUAACCGAGAAGAAGUCUCCGGCAUUGGACGAUAGCUACGAGCCGCCGCACCUCCUCGGCCUUCUCCGAUUCUACAUUGUAGGGAGAAGCAACAUCAAGCGCACCCGCCUACCCCAAACCGAGUCCAUGUCGUUCUCCGUGAGCGCCAUCGAGCUAGCGGAAAUCGGCAUCACGCUAAAGGCCAACAAGACGAGCGAGCUCAUAGAGAUGGGCGUCAGGAACAAGCGGGCCCUCUUCGCCGAACUCUCCAUGGCGUCAUUGUCCCUAGAUCACGCGCGCGCAAGCUGGCUCGCCAACAUGGCUGCCUUCGAAGUUUGCUCCACCCCAAACUUCCAAGCGGUCGACGACGAGGAGUCCGUCGUCUGCUCGUACCUCCUCCUCCUCUCCAUGUUUGCGGACCGGGAGGAGGACGUGCACGAGCUGCGAAGGAAGCGUCUCCUGCAGGGAGGAGGAGGGCUCACCAACAAGGAGACACUCGACUUCUUCACCGGACUUCAGGGCCUGCCUCUCGGAUCCAGCUAUAUCCGCACCAUGGAAGAGAUUGAGAAUUACAGGGUCAAGAGGCGGAAGCGGACCCGGUUGCACGCGUUCGUUUACAAGAACAUGAGGAUCAUCGUUACCGUCUUCUCCAUCGUUGGUGUACUCGCAGGUAUCUUCGGCUCGCUUAUGUCCCUCAGGAGACGAUCUUAAUUUGUCUAACUUGUUUUUAGUGAACUUCCCUGCGUCUGCAUCUGCAUCUGAAUGCAAUUUGCAGUGAAAUGUUGUCCAUUUGUAUUAUUUAUUUGUCUAUUGGGCAUGGAAUCUGCACAUAGAUGUAUAUGAGAUUGGUUACUUGGUGUCACUGGGCUAAUUUAUAGCUGAACACUGCUCUUGCCAGACAAUGCAGUUCUUUUAAUCUACUUACUUUGUUGCAUCUAGCCGAUAGGGUAUUAUGAUAUGGAUGGCGGUUAGCUGUAGAUCUGGUCAUGAGUGAGAGCUAAGCAGUAGGAUAAUGGCACCAACCAUCCAUGUGGUUGAGUACAUCAAAUCACCAAUCAAGACCAAAGUAUACGCGAUCAAGAUCAUAAACUAAUUGUGCAA